AUGGCCACCGCGGCUCUCCUGAAGAAGCCCGUCAAGCUCGCCUUGGUGCAAUUGGCCAGCGGGUCGGAUAAGACACGCAAUCUCACGCAUGCGCGCGAGCUGGUCCACACAGCCGCCGCGGGCGGCGCCAAUAUCGUCGUGCUGCCGGAAUGCUUCAACAGCCCGUACGGCUGCGAUCACUUCCCGACGUACGCGGAAACGCUGCUCCCCUCGCCGCCGUCCGCAACCCAAUCUCCCUCCUUCCACGCGCUGGCCGCCAUGGCGGCCGAGACCAAAACAUACCUAAUUGGCGGCUCGAUCCCGGAGCUGGACCCGUCUACGAAAAAGUACUACAACACGAGCCUGACGUUCUCGCCGGCCGGAAAGCUGGUCGCGACGCACCGGAAAGUGCACCUCUUCGACAUCGACAUUCCCGGGAAGAUACGGUUCCAGGAAUCGGAGAUCCUGUCGCCGGGGAACAAGAUUAGCAUUGUGGACUUGCCGGAAUACGGUAAGAUAGCCGUUGCGAUCUGCUAUGAUAUCCGGUUCCCCGAGCUGGCCAUGGUCGCGGCGCGGAAGGGCUGCUUUGCGCUUGUCUAUCCAGGUGCGUUUAAUCUGACUACGGGCCCGCUGCAUUGGAAAUUGCAGGGCCAGGCUCGCGCCUUGGAUAAUCAGGUUUAUGUGGCCCUAUGUAGCCCCGCUAGGGAUAUGGAUGCUGGGUACCAUGCCUGGGGCCAUAGUCUGGUUUGUGAUCCCAUGGCGAGGGUUAUGGUUGAGGCUGGGGAAGGGGAGGAGGUCGUGUAUGCUGAGUUGAAGAAUGAGGGGAUUGAGGAGGCGAGAACCGGAAUUCCGAUUUAUGAACAGAGGAGGUUUGACGUUUACCCUGAUGUUAGUCAGGGGGAGUGUAGGUUUGAAGAUGCUGUAUAG